CGGAGUCAUCGAGGACGCGGCGAGCAGCGCGGAGGUCGCGUCGGGAGAGGCAUUGGAGCAGAGGGAGGUCGCGGGGAUGGAUGGCGGACGACGAUAGGACGCGGCACGAGGGCAUCAGUCCGUCAGCAUUCCAUGCGAUUCCCGCCUCGUUGCCUUGUCUCGUUACUUGCCGCAAUACUCUGCCCUCGGUCUUGUUCGCCCCUCGACGAAGCGAAGUAUCUCCUGCCGAGCUCCUCCAUUCAUGUUCUUUUUCCCCAUUGACGAAGGGAGGAAUCUCCUGCAAAGCUUCUCCGUUCAGGGAUUCUUCGUAUAAGACUAUUGAUCGCGUUGUUCGGAUCUCCCGAACUCAUUCGUUGCUUUCGUUUUCUCCGCCGGUGGAUCUGAUCGCUUUACCUGUUCCUCUCGAUUCGAGAUAAGGAGAUACAAGACUUCCAAAUCUAACUUACUUGUGUGGACGGUAUGGCUGAUGCUAGCAAGGAUAUUGUUGAUGGAUUUCCAGGGGACAAGAAAAUCAUAGUUGUGUUUGUUUUAGGUGGUCCUGGCAGUGGAAAGGGCACACAGUGUGCAAAGAUUGUUCAACACUUUAAUUUUACCCAUCUUAGUGCUGGUGAUCUUUUGCGUGCGGAAAUUACGUCUGGUUCUAGAAAUGGAGUUAUGAUUCAAAACAUGAUGAACGAAGGAAAAAUUAUUCCUCCAGAAGUUACAAUUAAGCUCUUACGAAGGGCUAUGCUUGACAGUGCAAAUGACAAGUUUCUUAUUGAUGGGUUUCCUCGAGAUGAAGAGAAUCGUGCUGCUUUUGAGAAUAUUACAAAAAUCGAGCCAGAAUUUGUUUUAUACCUUGAUUGCCCAGAGGAUGAGUUGGAGCGACGAAUUUUAAGUCGCAACCAGGGAAGAGCUGAUGAUAAUACUGAGACCAUGCGGAAACGUUUUAGAGUUUUUAAGGAAUCCACUCUGCCUGUAAUUAAGCAUUACGACUUGAAGGGCAAAGUCCGGAAGGUUGAUGCAGCAAAGCCUGUCGAUGAGGUUUUUGAGGAUGUAAAAGUCAUUUUUGCUCCGCUCAUUGCUAAGGCAAAUUACUUGAGCAAUCCAAGUACCAGAACUCUAACGGGACAUGAAUACAUGGUGUUUUAUAUGAACAGGUUAUGUGGAGCUGCAAGGAGGAUAAUAGUGUAUGCAUUCUGGAAGAUAUUUUCCUGGAUCAGGGCUCGCCUGUCCUUGUAAACCUACUGCCUCUAUGUAUUUCCACUAAUGUGACAACUGUUUAUCGUAUAUGAUCAUUGGUUAUAUUCCUUGCCGCAUUUGAUUGUUCACUUGCUGCCUCUCUCUACCAAUGCCUUGAUACAUAUUGUAGUUUUCAUUUUUCUGCUCCUGAUGUUAUAUAUAACAAGCAUAUCUACAUUUUGUCAGAGUCUUCUGAAUGAACAUUUUUUACUUGGUCGAACUAAUGAAAAUUUUCUCA